AUGGAUGCAGAGGCAGGUGUGGAUGCCCAGGAAGUCACCCUGGCCGUCCCUGGUGAUAGCUCCCUCGCCUCCCGGUUGGUGGCCCCACCCCGGCCCUCACGGAGGCACUGGAAGACUCUCAGUCGGAAAUGCCACCAGAGCGGCCUCUCUGUGCUUGUUCCCAAAUCAGCAGAGGGCCAGCCCAUCCUGCAGGAAAGGCAUCGGUGCCCCGGGCCCCCGGGCCUCCCCAAGGGUGCAGCCCAGGCAGGUGACCAGCAACUCCCCACCCCAGAAUCUUGCCUGCUCAAAGGGAACUGGAACACCCCCUCCAUGGUGAACAACAACGGGAUCAUCUCCUUCCUGAAGGAGGUUUCUCAGUUCACCCCGGUGGCCUUCCCCAUCGCCAAGGACCGUUGUGUGGUGGCAGCCUUCUGGGCAGAUGUGGACAACCGGCGUGCGGGCGACGUGUACUACCGGGAGGCCACCGACCCGCCCACGCUGCACAGAGCCACCGAGGAUGUCAGGCGCUACUUCCCUGAGCUCCCAGACUUUUCCGCCACCUGGGUUUUCGUCGCCACCUGGUAUCGAGUCACCUUCUUUGGAGGCAGUUCCUCUUCCCCCCUAACCGCAGUGUCAUCUCCCUUCUUUGCCAACUACAUGAGCAAGCAGACGACAAGGAGAGACUUUGUGGAUUGGCGGGGGGGCGGGAAGACUCACCUGAAAGCUGCGAUGGCGCACGCCUCCGUAUGCCUGGCCUUGCGUCCGUGCCUCAACGGCGGCAAGUGUAUCGACGACUGCAUCACAGGCAACCCCUCCUACACCUGCUCCUGCCUCUCGGGCUUCACAGGGCGGAGGUGCCAUCUGGAUGUGAACGAGUGUGAUUCCCACCCGUGUCAGAAUGGCGGGACCUGCACCCAUGGUGUCAACAGCUUCAGCUGCCAGUGCCCAGCCAGCUUCACAGGACCCACCUGUGAGACAGCUCAGUCCCCAUGUGACACCAAAGAGUGUCAGAAUGGCGGCCAGUGCCAGGCAGAGAGCGGCUCUGCAGUGUGUGUGUGCCAGGCAGGGUACACGGGGGCAGCCUGCGAGACGGACGUGGACGAGUGCAGCUCUGGCCCAUGCCUGAACGGAGGGUCCUGUGUUGACCUAGUGGGGAAUUACACCUGCUUGUGUGCAGAGCCCUUCAAGGGACCUCGCUGUGAGACAGGAAGCCACUCAGUGCCCGAUGCCUGCCUCUCAGCUCCUUGCCAGAACGGGGGCACCUGUGUGGAUGCAGAUCAAGGCUACGUGUGCGAAUGCCCUGGAGGCUUCAUGGGCCUGGACUGCAGGGAGAGAAUCUCCGAUGACUGUGGCUGCCGCAACGGAGGCAGAUGCCUGGGCACCAACAGCACACUCUGCCAGUGUCCCCCCGGCUUCUUCGGGCUCCUCUGUGAAUUUGAAGUCACGGCCAUGCCCUGCAACAUGAACACACAGUGCCCUGAUGGGGGCUACUGCAUGGAGUAUGGCGGCAGCUACCUUUGCGUCUGCCACACCGACCACAACGUCAGCCACUCCCUGCCGUCCCCCUGUGACUCAGACCCCUGCUUCAACGGUGGCUCCUGUGACGCCCACGAUGACUCCUACACGUGCGAGUGCCCGCGCGGGUUCCACGGCAAGCACUGCGAGAAAGCCCGGCCACACCUGUGCAGCUCGGGGCCCUGCCGGAAUGGGGGCACGUGCAAGGAGGCGGGUGGCGAGUACCACUGCAGCUGCCCCUACCGCUUCACCGGGAAGCACUGUGAGAUAGGGAAGCCAGACUCGUGUGCUUCCGGCCCUUGUCACAAUGGUGGUACCUGCUUCCACUACAUCGGGAAAUACAAGUGUGACUGUCCCCCAGGCUUUUCUGGGAGGCACUGUGAGAUAGCCCCCUCCCCCUGCUUCCGGAGCCCGUGUGUGAAUGGGGGUAUCUGCGAGGACCUAGGCACGGAUUUCUCCUGCCGCUGCCAAGCGGGGUACACAGGACGCCGGUGCCAGGCAGAAAUUGAUGAAUGCCAGUCUCAGCCGUGCCAGCAUGGGGGCUCCUGCCAGGACCACAUCGCCGGGUACCUGUGCCUCUGUAGCACAGGGUAUGAGGGAGCCCACUGUGAGCUGGAGAUAGACGAGUGCUUAACACAGCCUUGCAGAAACGGUGGUUCGUGCAGGGACCUCCCAGGGGCCUUCGUCUGCCAGUGCCCUUCAGGCUUUGUUGGAGUCCACUGUGAGACAGAGGUGGACGCCUGCGCCUCCAGCCCCUGCCAGCACGAAGGCCGGUGCGAGAAGGGCGACGGAGCCUACCUGUGCGUCUGCCCAGAGGGCUUCUUUGGCUACCACUGCGAGACAGUGAGUGACCCCUGCUUCUCCAGCCCCUGUGGGGGCCGUGGCUACUGCCUGGCCAACAAUGGGUCCCACAGCUGCACCUGCAAAGUGGGCUACACAGGCAAGGACUGCACCAAAGAGCUCUUCCCACCAACGGCCCUCAAGGUAGAGAGAGUGGAAGACAGCGGGGUCUCCAUCUCUUGGCGCCCACCUGAAGGCCCAUCUGCCAGGAAGGUGCUCGAUGGCUAUGCGGUCACCUACGUCUCCUCCGAUGGCUCCUAUCGCCGCACAGACUUCGUGGACAAGAGCCGCUCUGUGCACCAGCUCCAGUCCCUGGCAGCUGGCAGGGCCUACAACAUCUCCGUCUUCUCAGUCAAGCGCAACACCAAUAACAAGAACGACAUCAGCAGGCCCACAGUGCUGCUCACCCGCACACGCCCACGCCCUGUUGAGGGCUUUGAGGUCACCAACGUGACGACGAGUGCCAUCUCAGUGCGGUGGGCUCUGCACAGGAUCCACCAUGCCACCGUCAGCCAGGUGCGAGUGUCCAUCCGCCACCCUGAGGCCCCCGAGGCCCAGUCCACCGAUGUGAACAGGAGUGUGGACGGGUUCACAUUCGGGGCCCUGCUGCCUGGAAGGAGAUACACCAUCCAGGUGACCACUCUCAGUGGGCUCGAGGGAGAGGACCAUCCCACGGAGAGCCUUGCCACCACACCACUGCACGUGUGGACACGGCCUCUGCCUCCAGCAAACCUGACUGCCUCCCGAGUCACGGCCACCUCCGCCCAUGUGGUCUGGGACGCCCCCACCCCCAGUGCCUCACUGGAGGCUUAUGUCAUCAACGUGACCACCAGCCAGAGCACCAAGAGCCGCUACGUCCCCAACGGGAAGCUGACGUCCUACACGGUGCGCGACCUGAUGCCAGGGCAGCGGUACCAGCUCUCAGUGACGGCAGUGCAGAGCUCGGAGCAUGGCCAGCUGCACAGUGAGCCUGCUCACCUUUACAUCAUCACCUCCCCCAGGGAUGGCACCGACAGACGCUGGCCCCAGGGAGGACACCAUCCACGGAUGCUCAGAAAUAGACUGCCCCCAGUGCGCCUGCCGGAGCUGCGCCUACUCAAUGACCAUGGUGCCCCCGAAACACCGACCCACCCCCCCAGGUUCUCAGAACUUGUGGAUGGCAGAGGAAGAGUGAGCGCCAGAUUUGGUGGCUUGCCCAGCAAGUCUGUCACCGUGGGAUCACGACCCACAGCCCUGGUGCAGCCUGAGGAUACAGAGGAGGCCCCCAAGCAGGCCCAGCUGGCCCUCCAGCUCCCUGAACACAGCGACAAGGACAUCAAAAACACUCCCGGGAACUGUUCAGAAAACCCCUGUCAGAACGGAGGCACCUGUGUGCCGGGCACUGAGGCCGAGGGCCCACGUUGUGACUGCGGGCCAGGCUUCAAAGGCAGACGCUGUGAGCUCGCCUGUAAAAAGGUGCCCCGCCCCUGCACUCGGCUAUUCUCGGAGACAAAGUCCUUUCCAGUCUGGGAGGGAGGCGUCUGUCACCAUGUGUACAAAAGAGUCUACAAAGUUCAGCAAGACAUCUGCUUUAAAGAGAGCUGCGAGAGCACAAGCCUCAAGAAAACCCCACACAGGAAACAAAGUAACAGUCAGACACUGAAGAAACCUUAAGAAAGGAGGAACAGUCAUUUCAAGAAGUCUCUACUGUAGUCCAGAACCAUUUCCCAGUCUCUAAAGUCCCACUUGAGAACACAAGGCAGAGCUCAGUGAAGGAUCUCGAACACUGGGUGAACAGAGAAAGCAACGUACACAAACACGGGCUGCUGACUCCGCUGCAGCACUGUGACCUGUCACUGUUUGUCCACAUAAGCUACAGCAUUGCUAGCAAAUGGUAAGAUCAAGUGAUAUCACUGGAGCAGCAGAUGAAACCUUCUACUACCAUGGUCAUGACCUCAAGCACCUCAGCCAUGAAGCAAAUGCUAGCAUGUUCCAGAUUUUAGCUUAUAAGGCUUUGUUUCAACAAGAAAUGGUCUACUGAAUCCUGAGCUUGGUGCUGUGUUGUCAUGAUUAACCCAUUUUGAUGUUUUACAAAUUAAAUAUCUAGUAAAAAGACUUCCUGAUGCUAAA